AUGAUAUCAACUACCAAUCGAUCCGAGGCAUUUUUGCCCGUAAUCACUGCAAUGAAGGCUAUGCGAGAAGGUAGCAGAGAACAUAAAAUAGCUGCACAUCAGUUUCUAGAAAACUUCCAAAAGUCGAGUGAAGCAUGGAAGGUCACUAUUGGAAUAUUAAGCUCAGAAGCUGAAUUAGAAGCAAAACUGUUCGCUGCCACUACUUUGAGAGGAAAGAUCACCUAUGAUUUACACCAAAUCUUGCCCGAAGACUUACCCCCUCUUCGCGAUCAAAUUCUGGGACUCAUGAAGACCUUUGCUGGAUCUGCGAGACCAGUUCGGAUUCAGCUUUGCGUAUGUAUGGCGAUUUUAGCGAUACAAAUGACGACAUGGAAAGACGUUCUACCUAUGAUCAUAUCAUCGCUAGGCGAUAAUGACAACAGUCAUUCAUGUAUCCUCGAUUUUCUCAAAGUACUACCUGAGGAGGUUACCGAAGGACGCAAAAUAAAUUUAACGGAUGUUGAACUGCAACUAAGAACUACGGAUCUUUUGACUAAUAAUGCAACCUCAGUAGCACAGCUGUUGAUCAGUUAUGCACAAUCAACAGAAGGAGCAGCAAAUAAUCCUCAUUUGAUUGACGUAGUCACGUCGUGGCUACGCGAGAUACCGAUAGCAGAUGUUGUGAAUUCUCCAUUACUCGAUCUAGUUUUUGCUGGCCUCCAAAUUUCAUCAUCUUUCGAAUCUGCAACCGAAUGUCUAUGUGCAAUCCUUCACGAGACUCAUGACGUCGACGAAUAUUUACCUUCCAUACAAAUACUGAUGACCCGUAUCAUGACUCUUCGUCCCCAGAUCAAGCAAGCUGCAGAUCAAGAAGAUGUCGAGGUUUUCAAGGGAUUGACCCGUAUAUUCACGGAAGCGGCCGAAGCUUGGGUAAUACUGAUUGCUAGACAGCCUGCCGCUCUGAGACCUAUUGUGGAGGUAGUUCUUGAGUGUUGUGCGAGAGAUGUGGAACGAGAUGCGAUUGCGGUAACAUUUCGAUUCUGGUAUGAACUUAAACUCUAUCUUAUACUGGAAAGAUAUAUCGAGGCUAGAGUUCAAUAUCUAGACAUAUAUGCCCAACUUGUAGAUGUUAUGCUAAUGCAGCUCGAGUAUCCAAAACCCGAUAAUGAAAACCAAGUAGAUCUUUUCGAUGGCGAUAGAGAGACGGAAGAAAAAUUUAGAGAAUUCAGGCACCACAUAGGAGAUGUUCUCAAAGAUUGUUGUGAAGUAAUGGGAGUCACCGAAUGUCUAACUAAAGUCUUGUUGAAACUUCAAGAUUGGAUGAGGUCCCAUGGCAAUCUAACCACAGAAACAUAUGUGCCAAAUUGGCAACAACUCGAGGCUCCACUCUUCAGUAUGAGAGCUAUGGGAAGAAUGGUGGACAAAGAAGAAAAUAUUAUCUUACCUCAGAUCAUGCCACUUCUUGUUCAAAUUCCAUCUCACGAGAAAUUGCGGUUUGCUACAAUAAUGGUACUUGGCCGUUAUACCGAGUGGACCUCUAAUCAUCCCGAGUUUCUGGAGCCUCAGUUUGCUUACAUAGUUUCUUCAUUUGAGACUGAUUCCAAGGAAAUUAUUCGAGCUGCAGCUAUGGCAAUGAAAUUUUUCUGCUCCGAUUGCAAGCACCUGCUCAGUAGUCAUAUUGUCCAGCUUCAGCAAUUCUAUGACCAAACGAUUUACAAAUUGCCUGGAAUAAGUCAGGAAGAACUUACUGAAGGAGUAGCAUCUGUCGUUGCAGCUCAACCGCCCGAGCAGAUCUACGGCCUUCUUGAGCUUUAUUGUGGUCCCUUAAUCACCAAAUUGAUGACACUUGCAAAUCAAGCAUCAAACGAAGAUGGAAAACUAGCUAUUGCAGACCAUCUGCAACUAAUAACUAUAUUUAUUCAGUUGGUGACGCCAUUCAUAAGUCCUGGUAAAGAAAACCCAGCCGUGAAGUAUUGUCAGGAAAUAUUUCCCAUUCUAGUCACCAUAUUGAAAAACUUUAUUGACUUCACGCCAAUCUGUGAGAGAAUUUGCCGUAAUUGGAGGUAUAUGGUCAUUUCAUAUCGCACGGCAACUAAACCAUUACUGCCGCAAAUGGCAAAUGAGCUUGCAACUGGAUUUGCUUCAUCUAAACAGGGAUGUUUUCUAUGGGCCACAAGCGCGAUUUUAAGGGAGUUUUCUGAGGAUCGAGAGCAUAUAGACGACCAGACUACUGACGCAAUUUAUCAGUUCUUUGAAGCUCAGUCAACCAACAUGCUUCGGAUGAUGAGUGAUCUACCACCAAAGGAAUUACCUGACGUUAUCGAGGACUUUUACCGGCUACUAGUUGAUGCUCUACUCUAUUACCCUCAUAAAUUGAUAUUCUCUCCUUUAUUCCCACCCAUUUUCCAAGCAGCAAUAGUGGCAUUAUCUCUAGAGCAAAGAGAUCCCCUAAACGCAGUUCUGCAUUACAUCCGAGAUCUUGUUGGAUAUGGUGGUAGUAAUCCACCUAGUUCUGGAAAAGUUCACCAUUCAUCAGACAUAAAAGAAAUUGUUCAAAGACUUAUCUUGGCUAACGGAGAACAUCUUGUAAAGCAAUUAUUCGCCGGUAUGAUGAUCAAUUUCCCUAACGAUUGCUUCACGGAUGGAAGUGGGGCUCUACUCGGCCUCUUCGAACUCUUUCCGCAACAGACGACCAACUGGGUCGAUGCCACAAUCCGCAUGAUAUCAUUAAGUACCGUAGGUGAGCAUGAAGUAAAUAGGCUUAUGAACGGCAUACGAGAAAAUAUAUCCCAAGGUCCUGAUGGGCUCCGCAAAGUUCGAAGCCAGCUCCAAUCUUUCACCAACAGCUAUCGACGGAGAUAUGUCGCUCCAAGAGAUGGCUUAGGCGGGUUAGAAUCAGAAAAGUUUUAUUUUCAUGCUUAA